AUGUCGAGACUUCCUGACAACCACAAGAUUUUGAAGGACCGCAGAACCCGCGUCGAAAAAACCAGGGAGGGUCUGCGGGACGAGAGAGAAAAGAGUGAGCCAUCUUCAUCGAGUUUUCCGACCCCAGCGGCUGACAAAGAAAUCAGGGAAAACAAAACCGUUGGCAAAGUCGGAGCAGAAGAUCUUUCUCCUGUUGCCGCUAGCCAAAGUCAUGAAGUCUCCAGUGAAGGUCACAUUGUUUUCGAGAACCACACAGCGAGGGACAAUCAAGACGAAAACGCGCACGAUUCGAAAGCGAAUCUCUUUUCAAAGUCCACUGGCGCUCUUGCUGCGGAGGAGGAGGUCACAGAAUCUGCAAGAUGGUGGACCUAUGAUCCCUGUGAAGAAGCAACGUCAUUCUCUGCCUCUUUUUCGUCUUUUGCUGAGAGGGAACCAGAUCCUUCCUCCGCAGAAGCAUUGCCCUUUGCUGCUUCCAGAGGAGCACAAGAGCGAAACAUUGAAGGCAGGAAAGAAAAGGGCCAGGUCGUGUCUACGGAAAUUGAAGAUGACGAAAUGGCAGCAAAGCAGACGAGUCGAGAGCAAGGACUGAGUCCCCUCCAGCGUACGGGGAAGCAGGCUGCGACGAGGGAUGAUGCUGGGUUCAAAGAUGAAAGGGAACAUUCCUUGGAACAGGGGGCGGAUAAGUCUCCCUCUCCUUCAUCUUCUGUUCCACCGGCUUCCUGGAGGUCUUUUUUUAAAAUCAUGUAUAUCUGUUUGCCCCUCCUCUCCACUUUCCUUGUCUUUUUCCCAGUCUGGUACACUUUGCUUCCCUACGACCUGCAGCUGUAUACAUCCGCGCUUCUCCCCGCACACUUUCUGGAUUUCUACGAAGGCAGGAAAUCCUUCGGAAACGCAUUUUUCCCCCUACUGAGGGAAGGGGCUGGCGGCUUGUCAGCCUGCAGGAGAGGCAAGCAGAAGACAAACUUGUCAGCCAGUUUGUCGAAUGACGCAGAUGCGUUUUCUAACCUGCCAUUAGGAGACGGGUUCGAGUCGUCUUCUCUCCCGUCCGUCGAGGAACUCGAGAAGGAGUUCUUCAACUACACAGCCCGGCACGUCCCGCCUCCGCCCCCUUUGCAUCAGCAUUCCGAAGAAUUCGAGAAGGGAAUCUUCCAAGUCGUCCCAGACAUAUACGUCGCCAUCGGGUACGGUCUAGCCAACUCUGUGAUUCUGAAUGGGACCGACGGUCUAGUCGUGGUCGACACCAUGGAGAGCACAGCGACGAUGCAGGCCGUCUGGUCAGACUGGCUCAAGUUUCCAAACAGCAAUCGUCCUGUGAAGGCGAUCAUCUACACACAUUUCCACACAGACCAUAUCUUUGGCGCUUCGGCAAUAGCUGCGCCGAAUGUGACGGAAGUGCAUGCCUACUGGCUGACGUUCGCAGAAAUGAGCAAAGUCUUUACCUUGACGGCCGGAACAACCUACAGGCGAUCGAUGCGGCAGUUUGGCGUCUUCGUUGACUCGGAGGACUUUGUGAAUGCGGGGAUCGGCCCCACCCUGCACUACAACAACACGGCAGAGAUCGGGGCGAUCCUCCCGACGCACAUCAUGUACGAAGAGCGGAAGACGCUGGAGAUCGCCGGAAUGCAGUUGCAGCUUCUGCACGCUCCUGGAGAGAGCAAAGACCAGAUUAUUGUGUGGAUUGAAGACAAGCACGUUCUGUUGGGUGCAGACAACCUAUACAAGUCUUUGCCGAACAUCUAUGCAAUUCGCGGCACCGAAACCAGAGAUUGCAACGACUGGAUAGCUUCCUUAGACCUGAUGAGAUCUUUAGACGCAGAAUAUCUUGUUCUCGGUCACACGCGCCCCCUAGUGGGGAAAGACCACAUCCAGUCCACGCUGAUAGCCUACCGAGACGCCAUUCAGUUCAUACACGACCAAACAGUUCGAUUCAUGAACAAGGGGUACUUCGUGAACGACAUUGCGCACAAAGUGAAGCUGCCAGAACACCUCGCAAACCACCCUUUCUUGCAGCCUUUCUACGGAACGGUGCCGUGGGCAGUCCGAGCUAUCUUCACGCACUACAUGGGCUGGUACUCUGGCCAGCCAGAAGACCUGGCAGUCAUGAGCACACAAGAAAAAGCUGAAGCGCUGCUCAGUCUAGCCGGCAGCGUCGAGGACUUGCUCUUCCAUGCAAUCGAGAAUCUCAGACAAGGACGGGUCAACUGGGCUCUCGAAUUCGCCAGCGCUGCUUACACUAUCGAGCCGAGAUCGAAACGUGCAAAAACACUGAAAGUCAUCGCCCUGCGAGCUAACGCCGCCCACCAAACCGCUGCGACAGGUACAAGGAGACGUCUUUGA